AUAGACCAUGUCCGUGCCGUACCGUCGUUUUUUUUUUGUGUCUUCUUUUCUAGUUUACUUAAUGAUCAGUUUUAUUCAUGAGACUACCUGUUAGCACGCAAAGUGACGUGCUUUUUCGUGUUUCUGGUGAGCACUAUCUUAAUUCUCCCUUUCAACACUUCGAGGAGACACUAUUCUUACGACUGACUUCAUUUUGAAAGCCUGUUUCACUUGUUAAAAAGGACAAGAAAUUCCUCUUUUUGGAACCUGAUUGCACAUACACAAAAUGAUUCUCUGCGUUCAAGGUCCAAGGGCUUUGCUGCCGGACAAUCCAUCUCAGGUGGUUCCGCUGGGAGUAGGCGCGGUGCUCUCCUCCUCCCCACGGUGCCCCCAAGUUAGUGCCCAACUAUGGGACCCCGCCAAGGACUGGCGGGCCAUCGCAAGCACCUUCUGUUAUCUGGAGGCCUCAGGAUGGUACUGGGGUCCCAUCACUGCCGCUGAGGCCCACGCUGUCCUCCAGAACGCGUCCGAGGGCACGUUCCUGGUCCGGGACAGCAGCCACCCGCUCUACAUGCUCACCCUCUCCGUCAAGACGGGCCGCGGACCCACCAACGUACGCAUCGAGUACAGCAACGGCCGCUUCCGUCUGGACUCCACCUCUCCGGCCAGGCCUCAGAUCCUGUCCUUCCCCGACGUUCCCAGCCUGGUCCAGCACUACGUGGGCUCGGGUCGAGGAGAGCAGGAGGGAAAACUGCAGAAGGCGGCGGAAGAUUCCGGAAUCCCCUCCGCGCUGGUGCCCAAAGACAGUGCCGUGUUGUUGAAACUGCGGCGUGCGCUGAGCAGACCCCAGUCUUUCCCCUCCUUACAACACCUCUCUCGCCUUGUCAUUAACAAUCACACCACCUGCCCAGAGAACCUGCCUUUGCCACGCCCACUGCUGCAGUACCUACGGGAGUACCCCUUCCAGCUCUGACCCAAACCAAAGUACUUGAAAACACACGCGCGCGCGCGUACGCCUGCCAGAACUCUGACGCACCCGGCCGAACUGUGGAGAUGUUCAGCGUGGUGAUGUUCAGAAGGUACCAGGACCUGAACGAGGCAGUGGGGAACCCUGCCACUAACUGACUCUGAUUGGGCUGGUGCCAUGAACCACGUCCAGGGUGCGGACUACUAGGGGCAGGUUUGGGUUCUGCUCCCUGAGAGGUGCUGGGGCUUAGGCCACUGUGAUGAUACAUACUUGAAGACUCUUUACGUGGAGAAUUCAACGUGCUAAGCAGAGAUUUCAAAACUGUUUCGUUCUCCAACCUCUGCAGAGCACACAAAUCUCCCUCUUCUCUGUCCGUUAGGAGUUUCAAACUCAACGUUUUAGAAUGGAAUGAAGAAAAUUCUGUUUUUUUUUUCUGUUUUUUUUUUUUUUUUGCGAAAUGCAUUCUGAGGUUUCCAAAUAUUUCAAUCAAUAAGGAUUAAUGUAUUUUUUUAUAACCAACAAUGUGGAUGUUUGUCCAUAUUUAUUGAAACAGAUCCUUUUAUUUUCUAAUAAAUAUUGCCAUCGCCAAAUAAA